AGAGCGGCUCCUUGGAGUCCACAGCAUCCACCGCCGGAGCCUCGCCUUCCUUUCUCCGUCUGCAGACAUAUCGAGACACAAAAAGAGGCAACCUCCAGACCAGUGCGAGGGACCCACUCCCAUCAUGACCGAGACCACAAAGACCCACGUUAUCCUGCUGGCCUGCGGCAGCUUCAAUCCCAUCACUAAAGGGCACAUUCAGAUGUUCGAAAGAGCCAGGGAUUAUCUGCACAAGACUGGAAGAUUCAUUGUGAUUGGUGGAAUUGUCUCUCCUGUCCACGACUCCUAUGGAAAACAGGGCCUUGUGUCGAGCCGGCAUCGUCUCGUCAUGUGUCAACUGGCUGUCCAGAAUUCCGACUGGAUCAGAGUGGACCCAUGGGAGUGCUACCAAGACACCUGGCAGACGACCUGCAGUGUAUUGGAACACCAUCGAGACCUCAUGAAGAGGGUGACUGGCUGCAUCCUCUCCAACGUCAACACACCUUCCAUGACACCUGUGAUUGGACAGCCACAACAUGAGAACACCCAGCCUAUUUACCAGAACAGCAAUGUGUCCAGCAAGCCCACUGCAGCCAAGAUCUUGGGAAAGGUGGGAGAGAGCCUCACCCGGAUCUGCUGCGUCCGCCCUCCCGUGGAGCGCUUCACCUUUGUAGAUGAGAAUGCCAACCUGGGCACAGUGAUGCGGUAUGAAGAGAUUGAGCUGCGCAUCUUGCUGCUGUGCGGUAGUGACCUGCUGGAGUCCUUCUGCAUCCCAGGACUCUGGAAUGAGGCAGAUAUGGAGGUGAUUGUUGGGGACUUUGGGAUCGUGGUGGUGCCCCGGGAUGCAGCUGACACAGACCGAAUCAUGAAUCACUCCUCAAUACUCCGCAAAUACAAAAACAACAUCAUGGUGGUGAAGGACGACAUCAACCAUCCCAUGUCUGUAGUCAGCUCCACCAAGAGCAGGCUGGCCCUGCAGCAUGGGGACGGCCACGUCGUGGACUACCUGUCCCAGCCAGUCAUCGACUACAUCCUCAAGAGUCAGCUCUACAUCAACGCCUCGGGCUAGCAACACCCAGCUCUCCACUCUACUCUCCCCGUGUCCUCUGCCAACACACUGGCCCCUCCAGCCACUAUCAGACCCCAUUUUCUCUCUGCCUCUCUGUUUCUCUGUCUUCAUCUUGACUGUUCUCCCCACUGACUGACAGAACCCCCACAGUGUGGGGGCCUGCGAAGAACCGUGGCAUUUCCCAUUCCACAGUCAUUUUUGGAUAAACUUUCCUCUAGUCUCCGGGUUGGGGGGUGGGUAAAGGGAACAGGGUGGGAGUUGGGGGAAGUGCAGCCCUUGGAGAUGUACUGGUGUCCGUCUCCCAGCAUGCUCUAGAGAGGCGACUCUGGUGCCCAUCCUCCCAGCAUGCUCUGGGGACGUGGCUCAGGCUCUCGCCUUCCCAGCAUGCCCUUUACCACAAAGGGCUACUUUUCUUUGUUUCUUUCCCUUUGUCUACUUCUUGUAGAACUUGGAUGGAAUCAGUGUGUGUGGUUUUUAUGCUUGUAGUCUUGAUGCUCUCCUGUGGUUUACUUACCUUCUGACAGGACACUAUAGCCAGUCUCAGCACUCCAAGUGCAUGAGGGCCACACCCAGGAAAGAAAGCAGAGCCGCUUCUGCUUCAACACACAUGCACACACACACACGCACGCAGAUGUACACACACACGCA